AUGCCUCAAUUCGCAGACCUCGUCCGGCACUCAGUCCUCCUCGCCCGCGCCAACAACGAUAACGACAAUGACAAUAACAAUGACAACCGCCGCAUCAUCGACGAUGACAACAACAACGACUCCCGUAACCACCGCCGCCUAGAAAUCGGCGUCAUAGUCGCCAUCGUUGUCGCCGGUCUGGCGAUUAUCGGCGUAGUAACUGCGCUCUAUAUGAGGAGGCGAAGGAGGCAGCAGCAGAGGAGGACGGCGCAAGCCGAGCACGAGUUUACGUGGUAUGGGGUGGACGACGACGAGCCGCGCAAGGCGAAUGAGGUGGCGCUGGAAGUGCAGGAGGGCGGUGUUGUUGGUGCCGGUGGGAAGGCGAAGAAGGUCGCCUUCGCUCAGGAGGGAGAGGCACCGCCACCGAGUUAUGAGAUUGUUGUCAAGAGUUCGCCUAGUCCUUCUAAGUGA